AUGGACAAAGAAUGGUCAAACAACGGGCAAGUGCUGAAUGCUAAAUGUCUGCUUUGGCUCGAGCCUGGUUCGACUGUAACAAGCACGGAUAGGCUUCCCAAAAUGAUAUGUGAGGAAUGUGUGUAUAAACUGGAUUUGUUAUUCGAGUUUAGGGAAAAAAGUGUAAAGACUGAAAGUUAUUUAGAAGAAAUACUGAAAUCUGGUGAGGUUUUACACAGUACAUGCAGUCUGGCAGGAGGUUUAUCGGAAAAUGUGCAGCUGCCUCAGACUGUGAAUGUGGAAAAUAAUGUGAAUUCUCAAGAGGUAAUGCAUCCAGCAGUGCAGGAUACUCCAUGCACGCUGCAAACAAAUGUCACAGAAGUCCUCACAGAUACUGUUCUUGGUGUAGUAACAGAUGCUUUGCCAACUGAGUUACAUUCAAAUGUGAAUGUAAUUCUCAGUGAAAAUCUAGUUCAAAAUGUCCGUUCAGAGACAGGUGUUAACGAAAGUUCGUCAGCCAAUAUUGCUAAUGAAGUUGAUAAUAAUAAUGCGUCUCGAAUAAAAUGUGAGCCUGAUAUUUUUAUCAAAGAUGAAGAAUGGGCUAGUGAUACUAGUGAGAGUGAAAGUGAUCGUGACGAUGACUGUUCUCCAUCUGAAGAGGUUCCACGAAAUGCAACUACUGAAGAAAGUAAUAUUGAAACUAUAACAGGAACUGCUGACAGUAAUGAAAAUAAGGAACCUCUAGUUUUGCAAGAAGGCUCCAACAAUUUCAUGAAUCCAGCAGCCAAUAGUCUAUUGAUGUUGUCAUGUCCACAACCUUUGGAAGCUCAAGAGAAUUCCAAUUCUUGGCUAUUUUGUAAUAUAUGUGGGAAAUCGUUUACAAAAAAUGAAGACUUUCAGGUUCAUUAUGAAACGCAUUACAGCAGGUGCAGUACAUGUGGAGCCCUUUUUGCAACAGAAAAUGCUUUAUUGUCACACUGUACUGAAGUUCAUGCUGUAAAAGGAGAGCAGAAAUCUGCCUCUGCAUCUGCUCCCACUACCUCUGCUGUUGCUCCUGCCACAAUAUCUGUUGUUACUUUGACUCCUACUGCUGAUACUUCCACUCUUGCUGCUACAUCUUCUACUGAUCCACCAAUUGCUACUUCUUCAGAAAAUAAGCCUGCAUCUCGAAGGAAGAAAUGGGAACCAAAAGUUUGUACAGAAUGUGGGAAACAGUAUCGUACAAACUACAAGCUUGCCGAACAUAUGCGAAAACAUACUGGCGAGAAACCUUUUCAGUGUUCUAUGUGCCCCAAAGCUUUCAGAUCAAAAAUUGGUCUUGGUCAGCAUGAAGCCAAGCACACUGGACAGUUCGAUUACACCUGCAACACAUGCGGAAAAGGAUUCCAGAGCAAGAGUUACUUGAUAGUUCACCAGCGAGUGCACAGUGAUGUUAAACCUUACCCAUGUACAACUUGUGGAAGAAAUUUUAAGACCAAACAAGCAUUGUUAGAUCAUCACAAUCGACAUUUGGGUAUAAAGCCAUAUCUUUGUGAAACAUGUGGCCGUCGAUUUAUUACAAAAGGACUGUGUAAAUCUCACCAACGAGUGCAUUCAGGCACUGAUAAUAAACAGUAUCCUUGUACUGUGUGCAAUAAAUUAUUUGUCAGCAAGUCUUAUCUGUCAACUCAUCUCCGUAUCCAUACUGGAGAGAAACCAUUCAUGUGCGAGGUAUGUGGCAAAGGAUUUCUUACCCGAGUGGAUCUUCGUAUCCAUUCCACUAUGCAUACAGGAGAGAAAAGUUUUGUAUGUGAAUGGUGUGGGAAGGCAUUUGCACGUCGCGAUGCUUUGCGGUGUCAUCGCCGCUCUCAUACCGGUGAACGCCCAUAUUCUUGUGAUGUAUGUGGGCAAAGUUUUACUCAAUUUUCACCAUUGACAAUACACAAACGCCUCCACACAGGAGAACGCCCUUAUGUGUGUGAUAUUUGCAGUAAGGCAUUUGUUUCCCGAUCAACAAUGAUGUCACAUCGAAAGAAACAUACCACAUGAACCAUCUUGUGUUGUGGAAUUGACUUGUUGAAGUGCAUUGCUGAGGUAGAUCAGAGGUGUGCCAAUUGGUCUUCCAGUUUGCCAAAGUUUUAUAUGUCUUUUGCUGAAGCUAAGCUUUCAUGAUGAACAUGAAAUACCUAGCUUUUAUGUGUGUUAGCUUCUAAUAAGAUGAAACUCAUUUCUUGAGGUGGAUGUAGUUCCUUUGGAUGAGUUAUUUCCAUUUGGAAAUUUUUAACAUGGCUGCCUAAGGAGGAUAUGUAAAAGUAGUGAGCGAAGGGUUCCUUUCUUUUGUGUUUCUGAGGCUCUAUCCUUUUUUCUGAUUGUUUUAUCAGUAAUCUUAAAUUUACUCAUGAAUGCCUUUUUGUUGAUAACACACAAUCUGGUUAAUUAGAAAUAUUUGGAAUUAAAAAAUGUGACAUUUUGUUAAUUAUGCAAAGAUGAAGUUGGUAACCUCUGUUGUUGUAGUUUUGAGGUCAGGGUAAUGAUAUCAGGGAAAGUUUUGUGCAUGUUACUCUUCACAUUUCCAAAAUUUAGAAUGUAAUAAGCUCUACAACAUGCAAGUAAAAUGAAUCUAACUUAGCAGUGUCAGCUCUUUCAGUACAUAGACCAAUUUGCACACUCCUCAUCUGAAAACUGUCAUUGUUAAGUUACUAAUUUAGCAUGAAGAAAUUUCUUAACUUUUCAUAAUUUAUGUGAAAUAAUAUUGUAUAUUUAUUAAGAUCGUAAAUUUCAAGGAAUUAAUUAGCCAAUUUGAUUGUAGAAAGCAAUGAUUCCUUCUGCACUGGGCCUUGUGAGAUGCCUCUGGAAUACUUGGGGAUGAGAACUCAAGUGAUAACAAACUUACAUAAAAGUGAUGUUUUCUUAAAGCAAUGAGAUCUUACAAGUGUGUAGAAAAACAUGCUUUAGUGCUCUGAACCUCACAACCUUCAAUUCAAUAUGAGAUCACAUGUCCAGGCAUCAAUCCAGGAAUGAACAUUAGAAAUUUAAUGUGCUCUUAAAGUGGGCUUUCGAGUGUUGUUUUUAGAAAAACAUUGCUAAUGAUGCAGUUUUAAUAUGUGCAUUUGGCACUUAAUUUUUUAACAUGUUUGUGUGGCACUUGUAAUUUGUUGUAAUUGUUGUGGUUGUGUAAGGAAUGAAAUUUUACGAAGUCUCUCAUAUUUCUUGUGCAAGCAAACAAAAUACUAUAAGAGUAUUUUUAUUCCGCUAAUCUGGGAUGUCUGCUAAUUAGAAUGUCAAAGUUCAUUACGUAGAAAGGAACACACACAAUAGGUCAAUGACAGGGCUACCAUCUUGUUCGUUAUUUAGAACAUUAUGUUAAUAAGAUAGUUUGUUAUUUCUGUACUGAAAUAAUUAUAGACGUCAUUGCCAACGUUGGCAAUGACAACGUCUAUAAUUAUUUCAUGAAAAAUGCC